AUGGCUCCAACUAAAAUUCGGGUAACUUAUAAUGCUUUAAAUCUUCUCUAUCAUCACAAUGUUGCAUGGGAAUACACAGCUUUAGAUGAGGAUUCCAACAUUCCAACCACAGUAAGAAAAAAGGUAGUACGCCAACAAGGAGAUGGGGUAACCGUACCCAAGCCUAAACUAACCAUCCUUGCGUCAUAA